AUGGCUGAUCACACAACCAAAGAACAGAAGUCAUUCUCAUUCCUAGCUCAUUCUCCAUCCUUUGAUCACAGCUCCUUAAGUUAUCCUUUAUUCGACUGGGAAGAAGAUCUUCUUGCUCUCCAAGAAAACUCUGGCUCUCAAGCAUUUCCUUUUACUACAACUUCUCUGCCUUUACCUGAUCUUGAACCCUUGUCUGAAGAUGUACUCAAUUCAUACAGCUCUGCGUCAUGGAACGAAACAGAGCAAAACAGAGGAGAUGGCGCUUCAUCGGAGAAGAAGAGGGAAAAUGGAACAGUGAAAGAGACAACUAAGAAGAGGAAAAUCAAUGAGAGACACAGAGAACAUAGCGUGAGAAUCAUCAGCGAUAUUACUACCUACACAACUAGUUCAGCUCCAACGACAUUGUCAAAGGAAACUGUCUCUCGCUACUUCUACAUGCCCAUAACUCAGGCUGCAAUAGCACUUAACGUUGGUUUAACUCUACUAAAAAGGAGAUGUCGCGAAUUGGGUAUUCGCCGAUGGCCUCAUCGUAAACUUAUGAGCUUAAACACUUUGAUCAGUAACGUCAAGGAGCUGCAGAAGAUGGAAGGCGAAGAGAAUGCAGAAAAACUGCAGGACGCGUUGGAGAUGCUUGAGAAGGAGAAGAGGACAAUUGAGGAUUUGCCGGAUUUGGAGUUUAAGGACAAGACAAAGAGGCUAAGACAAGCUUGUUUCAAGGCUAACCACAAGAGGAAGAAGAAGAGAAGUCUCAAGUCCGAUCAGUCUCAAGUACCCUCGUGUUCAAGCAGCGGAUCAGUUCCUAGUGAUGAGUCGGUUGAUGAAGCAGGAAUGGAGAGUGAUGAAGAAAUGAAGUAUCUCUUGUGUGGUUUCUCAAGUGAAUUUACUAGUGGUUUGUGA